UAGAGAUAUAUCACUGACGUGUCUCCGUCGAGGAUCAGCUACGUACGCACAUACAAUUCGUCGAAUUUGUUAGUACGCCACGAUUACAAUUUCACUCUGCGCAUAGUAGGAACUGGUGAAACGCUAGUCAUUGAAUUGAGCUCACUAUUGAUAAUUGCGUGUGCUCGUCAACAGUCAAGAGGCAUAGAGUACCAGCAAAAUUAUGGCGAAAGUUCUGAACACUUUUGUAAAUUCCUUCAGCAACACAUUAAAUGCACCGGUGAAGCAACAUCUAAAAAAUGUUUAUGCUUGCUUAUCCUUGUCUACUUUAUCAGCAGCUGCAGGGGCUUAUGUACACAUGUACACACAGUUCUUGCAGUCUAGUAUGCUGACAACUUUUGGUGCAUUGGGUCUUCUUAUCGCACUGAUGACAACACCAAAUAAUGACAAAAAUAAAAAAUUACGUUUUGGCUACCUUUUGGGAUUUACAUUUUUGUCUGGUUUGGGGCUUGGUCCAUUACUUGAAUUAGUAAUCAGCAUAAAUCCAAGUAUAGUGAUAACAACAUUAAUCAGCACAACAGUGAUUUUUGUUUCCUUCAGUAUCUCAGCACUUCUAGCUCCACGUGGACAUUGGUUGUAUCUUGGUGGUAUUUUAUCAAGUAUGAUAAAUAUCAUGCUUCUUUUCUCUUUUGCCAAUCUGUUUCUGGGUCUAUCUUUUAUCAGCCAGUCAUACUUAUAUCUGGGAUUAUUUAUGAUGUGCGGUUUUGUUAUUUAUGACACACAACUGAUUAUUGAGAAAUAUCACAUGGGCAAUACAGACUUCAUCAUGCAUUCCUUGGAUUUGUUUAUCGACUUUGUACAAGUUUUCCGACAUCUUCUUAUUUUACUUACACAAAAGGAGUUGAGAAAUUCACGAAAACGGAAAGAUUGAGCGAAGAGAAAAAUGAGUGGUUGCUAUGCAUUCAAGUAAAUCCAUAAACUAGACGUCUUCAUGUACUCUAUCCAUACUUAGGUACCUAUGUACAUAUAUAUAAAGACAUACUUGAAAAAUUAUAUACAAGUACCAAUACAUUUGUCGUAUGUGUAUGUAUACACAUACACAAACAUGAAACCAAUAUACUAUUUCUCAUAAUAAAAAAAACAGUAAAUGUUAACAAUUUGUUUACUAUGGGACUUUGGUUUUUUACAUUCAAUUAUAGAGACAUGUUUAUUUCAAUCAUGUCUAAGUUAUACUUCGCCAGAAGAUUUGCAUACGUAUAAGUGUAAUAAAAUAAAUUGAUUGUAUUAUAUUUUCAA